CUGUGGCGGUACUCGAGACACAUCGUGCGAGCACACUGGAGACACAUCGUGCGAGCACACAGGAGACACAUCGUGCGAGCACACAGGAGACACAUCGUGCGAGCACACAGGAGACACAUCGUGCGAGCACAUAGGAGACACAUCGUGCGAGCACACAGGAGACACAUCGUGCGAGCACACAGGAGACACAUCGUGCGAGCACACAGGAGACACAUUCCACACACU